AGGCGCAGGCGCAGUGGCAGUGUUUUAUCAGGCUGGUCUUUCGCGGUAUUGCUCGGUUUCUUGUUCCGGCUCAGACAUGGCGACGCUGUCUCUGGGUGAGGUGGGUGCGGUUGGCGGUAGCCGGCUGAGGAGGCAGCUGGAGUCCGGGAGCUACGCGGCCGAGGAGUACGUGAAGGUCCUUUCCCAGCAGUCGGACGGCGACCGGGACCUGCAGGAGCACCGGCAGCGCAUCCAGGCACUGAGCGAGGAGACCGCGCAGAGCCUCAAGCGCAAUGUCUACCAAAACUACAGGCAGUUCAUCGAGACGGCCCGCGAGAUCAGCUACCUGGAGAGUGAGAUGUACCAGCUCAGCCACAUCCUCACCGAGCAGAAGAGCAUCAUGGAAGCUGUCACCCAGGCACUGCUUCAGCAGGCCAGCACUGCCGACCGCGAUGACCCUGCUCUGGGGGGCGCCCGGCGAGCGACCCCCGACCCCCACGCCAACCCUUUCCUGCCCCUCUCAGCCAAAGACUCCACUGCGAAUGAGGAGGGCCGGCAGCGAACUCUCACUACCCUCCUAGAGAAGGUGGAGGGCUGUCGGGACCUGCUUCCCGAGAGCCCUGGCAAGUACCUGGUCUACAACGGUGACCUUGUGGAGUAUGAUGCUGAUCAUAUGGUCCAGAUUCAGAGAGUACAUGCCUUUCUGAUGAAUGACUGCCUUCUGGUGGCUGCCUGGCUGCCCAACCGGCGUGGUACUUACCGUUACGAUGCCUUAUACCCACUCGAUGGUCUGGCUGUGGUCAACGUUAAGGACAAUCCGCCUAUGAAGGACAUGUUCAAAUUACUUAUGUUUCCUGAAAGUCGCAUCUUUCAAGCUGAGAAUGCCAAGAUCAAGAAAGAGUGGCUGGAAGUGUUAGAGGAGAGCAAGAGGAAUCGGGUCCUGAGUGAAAAGCGAAGGCUAGAACAGGAAGCCCCUGCACGGGCUCCUCCCCCAGCUCCACCAGAGACCACCAAUCCUUUUGAGGUGGAUGAGGAAGAAGAGGCAACUCCAGAAGAAGAAAUGGUGGAUUUGUCUCUAGAAUGGAUUCAAGAGUUGCCUGAGGAUCUAGAUGUCUGUAUCGCUCAGAGAGACUUUGAAGGAGCAGUUGACUUGCUGGAUAAACUGAAUGAGUAUCUGGGAGAUAAACCUGUGACACAGCUAGUCAGGGACUUACGGGCCAAAGUGGAUGAAAGAAUCCGGCAGCUCACUGAUGUUCUUGUGUUUGAGCUGUCUCCAGAUAGGUCUCUGCGAGGUGGGCCCAGAGCCACACGGCGAGCUGUUUCCCAGCUGAUCCGCUUGGGUCAGUCAACGAAGGCAUGUGAACUUUUCUUGAGGAACAGAGAAGUUGCUGUACACACAGCCAUCCGACAGUUACGCAUUGAAGGUGCUACUCUGCUGUACAUUCACAAGCUCUGCCAUGUCUUCUUCACCAGCCUGCUGGAGACUGCAAGAGAGUUUGAGACAGACUUUGUUGGCAACAGUGGGUGCUAUUCUGCUUUUGUUGUUUGGGCCCGAUCUGCUAUGAGCAUGUUUGUAGAUGCCUUCAGUAAGCAGGUGUUUGAUAGUAAGGAAAGCUUAUCAACUGCUGCUGAGUGUGUAAAGGUGGCAAAGGAACACUGCAAGCAGCUCAGUGAGAUUGGUCUGGAUCUGACCUUCAUCAUUCAUGCCCUGCUUGUGAAGGAUAUCAAAGGGGCUUUGCAGAGUUACAAGGAUAUCAUAAUCGAGGCCACAAAGCACCGUAACUCUGAGGAGAUGUGGCGGAAAAUGAACCUGAUGACCCCAGAAGCUCUUGGGAAGCUCAGAGAGGAGAUGAGGAGCUGUGGCGUGACCAGUUUCGACCAGUACACCGGUGAUGACUGCUGGGUGAAUCUUAGUUACACUGUGGUGGCUUUCACCAAACAGACUAUGGCCUUCUUGGAGGAAGCACUCAAACUAUACUUCCCAGAGUUGCACAUGGUUCUACUGGAAAGCCUGUUGGAGAUUAUCCUCGUAGCCGUCCAGCAUGUUGACUACAGUUUACGGUGUGAGCAGGAUCCUGAGAAGAAAGCAUUCAUUCGACAGAAUGCAUCUUUCCUUUAUGAAACUGUCCUUCCUGUGGUGGAGAAGAGAUUUGAAGAAGGAGUUGGGAAGCCAGCUAAGCAACUGCAAGAUCUGAGGAAUGCUUCAAGACUGAUGCGUAUUAAUCCCGAAAGUACUACCUCUGUGGUCUGAAGUUUAAUGCCUUGGGUCUUUUUUCCAAAAGACUGUGUAUAUACCUAAUUUGUGUUUAUAUACAUGCAUGUCUAUAACCUUUUUCAAAUUUCUGAUGGCACUGCAAUCCAUUUAGCUAAUUAUGCCUUGCAAAUAACUUAGAAGGCGAAGAAAAAGGGAGGGGAUAAUAAAGCUAGGAAUGUAGUUGGAUAAAUAACAUGUAGCCUGUUUCCUUUGAAGGUCCUCUUGUGAAAUUUUAUAUUAAGGAAGUCACUCAGUGACAGGGAAGUCACCCAGUGUAUUAUGAUCCCAAAGUGAAUGGCACAUUUGAACAUAAUGAGUAUAAUAAAGCAUAAUCUCUAACAAGUACUAGCUGGUUCUGGAAGAGUACAAAUGCUGGGGUGCGCACAACAGUUCUGUUAUUGGAUUUCUGACCAAGAAGCUGUUUCUCUGAAAACAAAAAUAAUGUGCAUAAUUCUGUCUGAUAUCUUGAGAGAAGAUUGUAAGAUUUGAAAUUCAUUGUUUUGCCAAUAGCAGUGACUUUACAGAUCCUUAGCUAAGACAAAUGUUAAGGUUGUAAUGGACUGCAUAUGCAUUUUCUGUCUGAUGGGAGGUAGAGGAGUGUGAUAACUGCAGAUAACAAAAGACUAUCAAGGGAGCAGCGUGGCUGAGGAAACUGUGGGGAUGUUGCCACAAUGGCCCCUGCAUCUAAAUAUGUAAAGAGGCUCUUCAUUUAAAAGUAUGCAUGCUUGAUAGGCUGUGAGAAACUGCUGUGCCAAAAGCUUUAGAGGGAGUUAUGAUUGUGUGUAUUAUUUCCUAUGAACAUAAACCAGUGAUAUGAACUGAGGGGCAGAUGCAUAACCUGCCCAAAUUUGCUACCUGUUUACAUUAUCAGGGAGAACAAAAUGAAGCCGAGUUUUACACUUUGCUGAAUGUUGCAACAAUGCUGAAUCAGCCAAUUUGCAUGGACCCCUGGAACAGAUUUCAUGAUGUGAGAAACUGCCAAUGUGUAAUCAAGUGAAGAGUGUGCCAGUGAUCAAGAAGCAGCAUUGCAUAAGUAUCAAGGAGUUACCACAAAUGGGAAUUGGGAUUUGGGGACUGGAGGCAUGUAUUGGAUGAAGAAGCAAAAGCCUGGUGAUGACUGCAACCAAAUCCUAACGGUAACAAUCCUGUGUAGCCCUGCAAACAGUGCGAUUGUGUAUAAUAUGGGCACAGACUUCUUUCUUUCUUUCUUUCUUUCUUUCUUUCUUUCUUUCUUUCUUUCUUUCUUUCUUAUGUGGACAGGGAUCAAAUUGUUCUAAGGAACUUUUUAUAGGUGGUAUACUAUAGUAAGUAUACAUCAGUUUGUAUGGGCUGUAUUCCAAAAGUAUUCAAGGACUUAUUUCACCGUCAUAAUCUUUAGAUACAAGGGAGAGCUGUUGCCUCUGUUUUUUGACAACUGACUUUGCCCUUAAAGUAAACAUAAUCUUGAGAGCAUUCAUGACAUUCACUUUCAUGGAAGAAUGAGACUGGAAAAUCUCUUCACAUUAAAUGAGACUGGAAAAUCUCUUCACAUUAAAAUAACAUUUGGUCUAGGCAGGAGCAUGGUAUAAUGCACAGUGGUGUGGACCAAGUCACGCCCUGUAAAUAGGGUAGUUACCUCUAAGUGAAAGGGGCUGGGUAGCAGCCAUCUCUGCAUGAGUAACCGGAUUUGCUCAUUGUUGCCUUCCAAAGGUAUGCUGGUAUAGAAAAUGCUUUAGGGCAAAGGGUUCACCAUAGGAUGUACUGAUAGCCUUUAAACAUCAACAGCAAAAGAGGUUACAGAGCCAGAUACAGAAAGCUGUAUUACAGUUUGGAGCACUUGUAUAUGUUGAAGAAAAUUUCUUCCUAGGAAUGCUGAUCCUGCCAUCUCAACAGAUGUAAGAAACUAUCAUUCGGUUAGUUAGUUGGCAAGCUCCUCACCUCUUACUUAUUAGAUUUCUGCAGGUGUUGUUUCCCAAGAGUUGUUUGUAGAGCACUUAUGGGUAUCUGAGCAAUACUAUAUAUUCUUGGUGUUCAGUAGUUUUUGUUUCUACUAAAGUACCUAAAAAUAUAUGGAAGCCACAUUUUCUCUAAAUAAGGCCAGUGACAGAAGUUUAAAUUUGUGGACAGUCUUUGUAUUUAAACACAGACAAAAGUGGAUUAAAAUACAUGGACCGUGAAAAUGUCAGAAUUUGCUUUGUUUUGUUAAAUCUGUAUGUAUGUGAGAACAAGUUCCUUUAAAUAAAAAUUAGGUGCAAAUAUAA